AUGGUCAAGAUUUUUAGGGUCAUAGGACCUUCUUGCACAGAAGUAUUUAAGCAGAGAUUAGCUACCUUUCAGCUCACUGGAGAUGCUCAUACAUGGUGGACUUCAGCUUCACGUGGCUUGGAUCAUGCCACCAUGAAAUGGACAGACUUCAUUCGUAUGUUCGAUAACAAGUAUUUCCCUCAGAGUGUUCGAAAUGCUAAGGACAGAGAGUUUCUUUCAUUUCAGCAAGAUAACUUAUCUGUUACGGGGGCUGUUCAAUGUGCCGGAGAGCUUGAUCAAGAUUUUUUGGAUCAUAAGAGGGAUUUGGAGUACCUGAAGAAGGAGAGUAAGGUUAACCGUGCAUCAAAUGUUUCUUCAGGUCAACAUGGAAGUGGUAAGAACCAGCAGACCCAGAAUGUCACUCAAAAGGGUGAUCAUCCAGGGAAGAAAAGGAAGGGAUAUUGGAAUCAAGGGAACCGUGGUCAGAAGAACGGUGGUAAUGAAGGGGAAGUAGUGCCAGCUGAGGGCGAGGCUCUUGGUGCCAAACCAAUUAACUUUUAUGGGUUUUACUAUAAAUGUCGUGAAAGGGGGCAUAAGGCAUCAUAA